AUUUAAAUGCAUCCCACGGAACAAUCGCAACUUUUUUUAGAUUUUUCCUGUAUGCUGCUGCUGUAACAUCCAACCCGGACAACCCGGUGUUUGUAACGAAUGCACCCUAAGUGAGAAUUGGUUUUGUUAUCAAUUCGGUUGCACUAUAUUUGUCCUGGGAAUAUUGAGUUUUUACCGUACAGUUUUUCCUGUGUUAUAUAUAACCGGACAGAAUCGGCAUCAUAUGUAUGCAUGCAUAAUUUGAGAAAGCACUUUAUGUCUUCCUGUGCGACUGACCUUGUCUGUUCACCAGCGCCAACCUGUCUUCAGUGCUAGCUGGCUAAGCUAACUUUCCGAGAGUUCACUUAGCUAAUGUUCGCUGUUUUUCGACUCUCCCUGCUCUUGUUGAGUUCAUGAUGGAAGAUGAAGCCUUCACUGACAUUAAUGGCAAAGCCAUAUCUCUUGACUGUCAGAGUCAUUCCGGCAUUUGCAGGGAGUUCACUGUCAGCUCCCCCAAAAUGUCUAUCGGCAUAGUGUUGGUGUACACCUGCUGUGUUUGGCUGUUGGCAUACACCGUGUUCUUGUUCACACAGAACACAGCAGUGCUGUCCAGUGCUAUACUCAUCACCCUGGUUGGCAUGAUGCUUCACAUCCACUUUGUGAAGGUGGACCACGAGUCACUACUCGUCAUUGGCUCCUUGGGCGUUCAGGUAUCCUCCAGCAAUGCCUCAGGCCGUGAGACCACCACAUUCAUGGAGAUGAGCAAGAUCAAGGAUAUUGUCAUCAAUGAAGCCAUUUACAUGCAUCAAAUUAUCUACUACCUCUGUGUCCUGUUGAAGGAUCCCUCAGAUCCUAACGGAGUGUCAAGUGUUGUGCCAUUGUUUCAGAGUUCAAAGCCUAGGCUGAACUGCUUGGUGAAAGUUUACAAAAGCUGUCAGGAGAUUCUUUCAAAGCCGUGAUGACACACAGGUCAUACAUUAAUGAUGUUUCUGGCCAUGUAUUUUAAUAUUUCCUUGCUUAAGUCAUGCUUUCAAUGAAUGAAACCAGAAAGCUACCCAUUGUUUUGAUAUUUUGGUACAUCUUGAUUUGAAUAUACAGUGUAUUUUCCAUGAAUUUUCUCCUUUUUUCAUCCGUAUGAAUACACUCAUGAUGUGAAUUUAAUCAGCUGAAUACAAAAGAGCUGUAAAAGAAAGCAACCAAUAUUAGCAUUAUAAUGACUUUGUGUUGUACUUUGUUGUGUAUUUACUUGAAUAACGUGAAAUCUUUCACUUUCAUUUCGCACUGUCUUAAAAGAAAUUACCUUUAACAGUUUCGCUUUUUUAACUUAUUUGUAAAUUUAGCUUUUAUUCGACUAAUUAUGUCAAUUUCUGUAUUUUAUAAGCUUUCAAGCAUUGUAUUUUUGAUAAAUAUAGUGUUAGUAAAAUAUUACAAAAUCAGCAUUGUUCCUUAAUUAUUGGACAUCUCAGGCGGUAUUAGUUUUUGAGAAGCUUUACUUUCCUUUCCCAGUAGGGGGCAGCACCACACUUACUGAAGCUCCUACUUAUGCUUAUCAGAAUUUAAGAAAUUAAAAUCUGCCGUCAGUUAUGGCAAAACCACCUCUGAUAUACCGACACUGUAUCCUAUACUUAGUCUAGUCUUCGUUUGUCUACAGCGUCGAAUAACAUAAGCAACUUUAUAAAUGACCAUGUAUAAAUAUGGUGUCAGAUGUGCUGCAUAUACAGGGCAUUUUUAUAAAUAAACAUCCACAUGUUCUUCCCCAAAUAUAUUUUCACUUCCUCAUAACUACAUACACCUUCUUUUCCUGGAGCCAGUUGGUCACAUGUACUACAAUUGUCUGGCACCUUUCUUUGUGACUGUUAAUAGACCAGACCUGUUUUCAGAAAUGUUACUUGAGGUGACCUCACUCGCCAAGUGACAGUAACAGCAGUGUGUGUAGGAUCAACCUCAGAAUGAGCUUCGUUGCAGUGGAAUGAUGCUGAAAACAGUAACUCCCUGUUAGAUUGAUAAAGUGUUAAAGAAUAAAACUUCUAACUUGAUAAUA